GAUCCCUUGCUAUUAAUGAAAAAAAAGUAGCGGGUUUCCUCUCUAAAACUAUAUGUCAUAUCCUAGAUCGACCGCGCAUCAUGUGAGCGCUUUAAAGUUUAUCACUGAGCUAGCCUAGGGUGCUAUUUUUCUAGGCAAUAAUUAAGCUAUGGUAAAGUCUAUAUCGACGUGUGUCAUUUGAGUGUGCACCCCCCCCCCAUCCACACACCCCCACCCCAUACACAACACACACCCGCCCCUCCCCAGCCCCCACCCCACACACCCCCCACCCCCGCCGUAAGAAUUUAACCCCGACUAUUUUUAGUUUCAUGUAUAUAAUGUACAGCGACAGCAUGAAGGCUGAACAGGCAAGAUCGACCUACUUCCUGUUGGACAAGCCGAGUAUUCCGAAUGCUGCCGAAUGGCCUCGGUGCAAGGGAGAUAAAUCUAAAAACAUCAACGUCAUGGUCACUUGUCAUGGUGGAUUUGUUUUAUAAUACAGUUCGUAAAAGACAUUAAAACUAAACGAUUACUACUCUUUCAUUGUCAAAAUGUGGUUUAUGUAUAUUCUGAGCUGGCUUGCCUUACUGAUCCAGAUUUCUGUGGUGACUCUGUCUAUUGCGGCCGGACUCUUCUAUCUAGCCGAACUUGUUGAGGAAUACACAGUGUUCACAGCUAAGGUUAUUAAGGUGUUAAUCAUUUUUUGUACAACAAUUUAUAUUUUACUGUUCCUGUUUGAAGACUACCCACUGUCGAUCAUCAUCUGUGGUCUUGGAUCUAACGUGUCGUACUUCUUCAUUCUGAAGCAGUUUCCGUAUUUCUCUACAGUGUCACCGUCAUUAAUCAUUGGGACAGCAUCUAUUUUUAUCAAUCACUAUCUAGCCUUUGCCCAUUUCUCCGAAGUGUGGUAUCCAUUUUCUGAGGUUCUAGCCUAUUUCACGUUGUGUUUGUGGCUCGUUCCGUUUGCAUUUUUUGUGUCUCUGUCAGCUAAUGAAAAUGUCUUACCUACAGUUGGUGAGGUGCAGCCCGUUAGUACAGAUGAAAGUGAUGUUGUUAGCAACUACUUCCGCAGAAAAGGAAAGAAGUAUGGAUUACUGUCAUUCUUCAGAUAUGCCCAGGACAGCAUUUUACCACAGAGAAUGAAGAAACAGUUCUAGAAACCACCACUGUUUAAUCUAUCUCACACAGACAUUUGGUUACCUACGUCUUCGCUUUACGAGGAGGUCAGUCUAGCAUCAACGACUGAAAUGUGCUCAUUGAGAUUGUAUUGUAAUGUUCACUUAAGUUUACUCAGAUGUUAGACUGUAUGGAGUUACUAGGUCAGCCUAGGUAGGGAUUAGGUGAUGUGGUGUUUUCUUAAGAAAUUGGUUUACAUGGAGACAGGAAUGUUCUGUACCCAGACCAUCACUUCAUAUGGAUAGUGUGUGUGUGUGUCAUCGUGUUCAUUCUUUUCUUGGGAUAAUUGCAAGAUUGAUCACAUUUGACUUGAAUAUUGUAGUUACUGAAGAAAUUUGUCCACAUUCAGCUCAUUGAAUUGUCUCCCUUAUACCUUUCCGCAUUGGUUUGGUGUCUAUGCAAGUACUCAAGCACCGUUAUGCAUUAUUUUCACUAGCCUAUUGGUUAGUAAAACAUCUUUAUUUCAUUUUGAUUAUAUUCUUUUAAUUAAUGACAGUUUGAAAUCCAUGUACAGACCUUCACAUGAAUAAAAUUGAGGGGAG